UGGAUAAUGAGAGGAUGACAGCAGAGGAGAUGGAUGAGAGAAGACAUCAGAAUGUGGCUUAUGAGUAUCUUUGUCAUCUGGAGGAAGCAAAGAGAUGGAUGGAGGCCUGCCUUAAUGAGGAUCUACCUCCCACAACAGAGCUGGAGGAGGGGCUAAGGAAUGGAGUCUAUCUAGCCAAACUUGGAAACUUUUUCUCCCCCAAGGUGGUGUCUCUGAAGAAAAUCUAUGACCGGGAACAAACCAGAUAUAAGGCAACUGGUCUCCAUUUCCGUCAUACUGAUAAUGUUAUUCAGUGGUUGAAUGCCAUGGCUGAAAUUGGCCUCCCCAAGAUUUUCUACCCAGAAACUACUGACAUCUAUGAUCGGAAGAACAUGCCACGCUGCAUCUAUUGUAUCCAUGCACUCAGUCUGUACCUGUUUAAACUGGGACUGGCCCCUCAGAUUCAAGAUUUAUAUGGGAAGGUGGACUUCACAGAGGAGGAGAUCAGUAACAUGAGGAGUGAGCUGGAGAAGUAUGGAAUUCAGAUGCCUGCCUUCAGCAAGAUUGGAGGAAUUUUAGCUAACGAACUCUCUGUGGAUGAAGCAGCAUUGCAUGCUGCUGUUAUUGCCAUUAAUGAAGCAAUUGACCGCCAAGUUCCGGCUGACACCCUGUUGGCAAUGAAAAACUCCAAUGCCAUGUUGGUGAAUCUUGAUGAACUGCUGGCAUCAAUCUAUCAGGACACAUUGUAUCGGGCAAAGAAGGACAAGAUGGAGAAUGCCAAAAACAGGACUGGCUCUGAGAAUUCAGAGAGAGAAAGGGAUGUGUACGAAGAGCUGCUGACUCAAGCUGAAAUUCAGGGCAAUGUCAACAAAGUCAACACACAUUCAGCCCUAUCAAAGAUAGAUCUGGUUUUGGAACAGGGAGAUGCAUUAGCUUUAUUUGAAGUUUUGACAUCACCAGCCCUGGGACUCCGAGGAUUACAGCGAGAAAAUUGUGACUGGUAUCUCAAGCAGCUCUUGAGUGACAGGCAGCAGAAACAGGAGGCUGGCCUGGCAGGCCCCCUGCAGAAGGAGGAGUUGCAGUCUGGGGUGGAUGCUGCUAACAGUGCAGCACAACAGUACCAGCGAAGGCUGGGAGCAGUUGCAAGGAUUAAUUCUGCAAUCCAAAUGGGUAUUGCAGAGAAGACUGUGGCAGAACUUUUGAAUCCAGAGGCUCAGUUACCACAGGUUUAUCCAUUUGCAGCAGAUCUUUACCAGAGGGAGCUGGCAACUCUGCAGCAACAGAGCCCUGAAGGUAACCUCACCCAUCCAGAGCUGUCAGUUGCAGUGGAGAUGCUGUCGUCUGUGGCUCUGAUUAACAGGGCGUUGGAUUCAGGGGAUGUGAACACAAUUUGGAAACAACUGAGCAGUCCAGUUACAGGGCUCACUAACAUUGAAGAUGAGAACUCCCAGAGAUACAUCGAUGAUUUGAUGAAGCUGAAAGCUCAGGCACGUACAGGAGGGAAUGAGUUUAUCACAUGGAAUGAUAUCCAGUCAUGUGUGGACCGUGUGAACAUAGUGGUGCAUGAGGAGCACGAGAGGAUUUUAGCAAUUGGGCUUAUUAAUGAAGCUCUGGACGAGGGAGACACCAGAAAGACCCUUCAAGCCUUACAGAUCCCUGCAGCAAAACUGGAGGGGGUAACCCCAAAGGUAGCACAGCACUACCAGGACACGUUGAUCCGAGCCAAGAGGGAGAAAGCACAGGACACUCAGGAUGAGACAGCUGUACUGUGGCUGGAUGAAAUUCAGGAUGGAAUUCAUCGAUCCAACAGGGACACAGAGGAGGCACAGAAAUUUUCAUUAGGAAUUCUGGCCAUUAAUGAAGCAGUGGUCCAUGGUGAUGUGGGCCAGACACUCAGUGCCCUGCGCUCGCCUGAUGUUGGACUGUAUGGAGUCACUCCAGAGUGUGAUGAGACAUACCAGCGUGACCUGGCAGAAGCCAAGAGAGAAAAAAUGGCAGCAGGGGACAAUGGCAGUGAGUGGGUGAAGCACUGGGUGAAAGGAGGCUAUUAUUAUUACCAUAACCUGCAAACCAGAGAGGGACGUUGGGAUGAACCCUCAGGAUUUGUGCAGAAUAAUACCCAGCUCUCCCGGGAGGAGAUACAGAGCUCUAUCUCUGGAGUCACUGCUGCGUACAACAGAGAACAGCUCUGGCUUGCUAAUGAGAACCUGAUUACCAGGCUGCAGGCUUGCUGCCGUGGGUACCUUGUUCGCCAGGAAUUCAACUCCAGAAUGAAUUUCUUGAAGAAGCAAGUCCCUGCAAUCACUUGUAUCCAGUCUCAGUGGCGUGGCUACAAGCAGCGAAAGGAAUACCAAGAUCGCUUGGAGUACCUGCGAGCACACAAGGACCAAGUAGUGAAGAUUCAGUCAAUGACCAGGAUGUAUCAAGCCAGAAAGCGGUACAGAGAUCGUCUGCAGUAUUUCAGAGACCAUAUAAAUGACAUUGUAAAAAUCCAGGCUUUUAUUCGUGCAAAUAAAGCACGAGAUGACUACAAAACUCUCAUCAGUGCUGAAGACCCACCUAUGGCUGUGGUCCGGAAAUUUGUCCACUUACUGGAUCAGAGUGACCAAGAUUUUCAGGAAGAGCUUGACCUAAUGAAGCUGCGUGAGGAGGUUGUGACCCUAAUCCGAUCCAAUCAGCAACUGGAAAAUGACCUCAAUCUGAUGGACAUCAAAAUUGGACUGCUUGUGAAAAACAAAAUCACAUUGCAGGAUGUUGUCUCUCAUAGUAAGAAACUUACCAAGAAGAACAAGGAGCAGCUGUCUGACAUGAUGAUGCUGAACAAACAGAGGGGAGGUUUGAAGGCUCUAAGCAAAGAGAAGAGGGAGAAGCUGGAAGCAUAUCAGCACCUGUUCUACUUGCUUCAGACUAACCCCACCUACUUGGCCAAGCUGAUUUUUCAGAUGCCUCAGAACAAAUCCACCAAGUUUAUGGAUUCUGUGAUCUUCACGCUGUAUAACUAUGCCUCCAAUCAGAGGGAAGAAUACCUGUUACUUCGGCUUUUCCAGACAGCACUGCAGGAAGAAAUCAAAUCAAAAGUAGAUCAGAUACAUGAGAUUGUGACUGGAAACCCCACUGUUAUUAAGAUGGUGGUAAGUUUCAACCGUGGUGCCCGUGGCCAGAAUGCAAUGAGGCAGAUCCUGGCACCUGUCGUGAAGGAAAUCAUGGAUGACAAAUCACUCAACAUCAAAACUGAUCCUGUGGACAUUUACAAAUCUUGGGUUAACCAGAUGGAGUCGCAAACUGGAGAGGCCAGAGGUUCUGAUCGUGAGCGCUUCCACUCAUUGAUCAUUGGCAACUUACUCUAUUAUCGCUACAUGAACCCAGCUAUUGUUGCUCCAGAUGCAUUUGACAUCAUUGACCUUUCAGCUGGAGGUCAGCUGACUACAGACCAGCGCAGAAACCUUGGUUCCAUUGCAAAGAUGUUACAGCAUGCUGCAUCCAAUAAGAUGUUCAUGGGAGACAAUGCUCACCUAAGCAUCAUUAAUGAAUAUCUCUCUCAGUCCUAUCAGAAAUUCAGACGUUUUUUUCAGGCUGCCUGUGAGGUUCCAGAACUACAGGAUAAAUUUAAUGUUGAUGAAUAUUCUGACUUGGUGACUCUCACUAAACCAGUUAUCUAUAUUUCCAUUGGAGAAAUCAUCAAUACACACACUCUGCUUUUAGAUCAUCAAGAUGCGAUUGCGCCUGAGCACAAUGAUCCAAUUCAUGAGCUGCUGGAUGACCUGGGGGAAGUUCCCACUAUUGAGUCCCUGAUAGGGGAAGGGUCUGGUAACAUUAAUGACCCCAACAAGGAGAUGCUAGCAAAGACUGAAGUUUCUCUUACACUGACUAAUAAAUUUGAUGUUCCUGGCGAUGAGAAUGCUGAAAUGGAUGCAAGGACAAUCCUGCUGAAUACAAAGCGCUUGAUUGUAGAUGUAAUCCGCUUCCAGCCGGGGGAGACACUGACUGAGAUCCUGGAAACUCCAGCCACCCAGGAGCAGGAAGCAGAGCAUCAGAGAGCUAUGCAGAGACGGGCCAUUCGUGAUGCCAAAACCCCUGACAAGAUGAAAAAAUCUAAAUCUGUAAAAGAGGACAGCAACUUGAAUCUUCAAGAAAAGAAGGAGAAAAUCAAGAUAGGCUUGAAGAAGUUGUCAGAGCUGGGAACCGUGAACCCAAAGAAUAAAUACCAGGAGCUAAUCAAUGAUAUUGCCAAGGACAUCCGGAACCAGCGCAGAUACCGUCAGAGGAGAAAGGCAGAGCUGGUGAAGCUGCAGCAAACUUACAGUGCGCUGAACUCCAAAGCCACUUUUUAUGAGGAACAGGUGGAUUAUUAUAAAAGCUAUAUCAAAACCUGCUUGGAUAACUUGGCCAGCAAGGGCAAAGUCUCUAAGAAGCCACGAGAGAUGAAAGGCAAAAAGAGUAAAAAGAUUUCUCUGAAAUAUACGGCAGCUCGACUCCAUGAGAAGGGAGUCCUGUUGGAGAUUGAAGACCUGCAAGUAAACCAGUUUAAAAAUGUGAUAUUUGAAAUCAACCCAACAGAGGAAGUAGGAGACUUUGAGGUCAAAGCAAAAUUCAUGGGCGUUCAGAUGGAAACAUUCAUGUUACAUUAUCAGGAUCUUUUGCAGCUACAGUAUGAAGGUGUUGCUGUCAUGAAGUUGUUUGACAGAGCAAAAGUCAAUGUCAACCUCCUGAUCUUCCUUCUGAACAAGAAGUUCUAUGGGAAAUAAUUGGCAUCUCCCAGAGGAGCUAUGAAAAGGGGGAUGAAUGGAAAAACUGCAUCUCUGUUUCUUAAUAUCUUCUUUCACCUGUCAGAACCAAGGACACCUAUAUAUUGAUGUACCUCCCUCUGCCCAAACUACAAGUAUAAAGAAGGACUAGACUGUCAGUGAAUUAAUAAUCCUGACUGAGUCCACAGGGACUCUAUCUGUCUUACUGCUAUGAUCUUUUUUUCUGACUUUUCAGAUUCCUUGAGAAGCAUUUAGUUUAGAAUGUUUUCCAUGUACUAUUACAGUGGCAUUGGGGAUUAAACAGUUGUUAGAAUAUAUUUUGGGCUUCUGGGUGUGUUCUUUGCCUAAAUGUUUGGAUGGUGGGGCUUGAAUUCUUGUUACUUGUUGUAGAAGAAGAAAGCUAACACAGCAGAGCAACCAGGUCUGCCUCUGUAUCUAGAAGCAGAACAGGAUUUCAGCUCAUAUUUAGACUCCCUCCCUGAAAUUCUAAGAAAACACAACAGGACAUCAACUUAGAGAAAUAUUUGCUCUGUGCUGUAGCAUGGAGAAACUGGAAAAAUUUUAACUAGCUGAUUCUGUCCAUAGCAGUGUCCAUUACCGAAGGUUCACUACCAGGAUGACUGAACUCUGUUUAUAGAUUUGAUUUGUAAAGACCUAUACUUGAGUUAUAUUUUAGCAUAUUAUUCAAUAUACGUAUGUAGCUCUGCCUUCAGGCAAUGGGGAGAAGAAAAGAUUUUGUCACAGAACUGAGUCAAAUUAAAAGUGGUCAAUGGCCAGGUUGGUCAGGUGGUUUCAGUGCCAGCUUUUGGUGGUGGCGGUGGUGACUAUUAACUGUAUCGGACUAGUGCAACAGAGUCCUAGAUGGCUUUCAAUGAUCUAAGUGUUGCUGAAUUAUUACUACACAUACAUUAUUGUAGCCAUGUAUAACAUCUUUAGUGAUCUAAUUCUUUUUUCAAUAUUUGUUUCUCAUUAAGACGCCUUACUAAUAUACAGAUUGUCCCAGUAGUAGAGGAAAUGAGGAAUGUGUGUGCUAAUGCCUAAAGAUGAAAAGUGACCUUUUAUUGGGGAUGGAGGAGAGAGAUUUUUGAAUCAGUUGAGAAAAGUUUAUUUUACAGUUUUGCUUCAGAAGCUUUUAGAACAUUACAGAAAAAGUUUCUAAGUUAGCUUAGUGCUCCACAUAUCUCUACCUGAUGCCAUUAAACACUAUGAUCUACCUGCAGACUUGCCAAAGGGAAUUUACUCUGCCUUAAAUAGUCUGAGCUGUUAAAUUAUUUACAUUUUACCAAAUGUACAUGAGCAAAUGACUCCCCAUUUCCUUUACUACUUAGAUAUUCACUCAUUAUUACGGUGGUGCCUGUUAUAUUGCUAUAUCUAACCAAAAUGCAAAAGGACUGUUAUGAACUCUGAUCUUCAUUAACUUACUUUUAGCCUGAAACAAACUUUUGUUGCCCAAGUUAUCUGCUCCAGAUAAAAAUGUCAUUUUUUUUUUAAUAAUUUUAAAAUCUGUUUGACUGUUUUAUGUUCCCAGAGUAUAGGUUAAAAUAAAGUCUCUCUAUUCUUAGACACACACACGUACGCCGUACGUUUAUUUCAAAUAAUUUUGUUUUAUAAUUUAAUCACAGAGUCAGCCAUUUUAGUGUUUUUUAAAUGAAACCAGUUACUAACUCUCUGCCUGCCUUGGGAGUCAGUUGUUUCCCAUAGUCUUUUUAAGAGGCUAAUCCUGUAUGGCUCUACCUUGUGACAAUCCCUGCCACGCAAACAGUAACAAACUGAUUUUAUCUUGGUCCAUGCAGUAUUAGCAUAAUUAAAAGAAUAGAUGACACAACUUUCCUUUUGGAUGUAAAACUGACCACAUCCAGGAAGUUCCAAAUAGGGGAAAUUCUGCCCUCAGAGAGGAGAACCUCAAAAUAGGAAUUCUACCCCCCAUCCCGAAAUAGCAUCAGGACAGGGACAGGAUAAAAGUCUUGACUUGCAUCUACCUGUCUCUUUUCAAUGUGAGUCCCCACUGCUGUUUAACUGAAGGGUUUUAAAUUUAACUAUCCUUUUUUAGUUAGGGAUAGUGACAAUAGGACAUUCUCAAAUUAUUCAUCAGGGGAAUAAAACAGCACCCUGACAGCUGUUCAACAAAAGGGAUUAAAUUUUCUCCAUUUAAAAAGGGCUACUUUCCCAGAUGUCUGCAUGGCUGCCUCUUCACCAUAACCUAAGAAUAGCUAAUGAGACAUGUUAGGCUAUUCUAAUAAAAUAUCAUAAUACCUAUGAGGAGAAGAUAUUUGGAUUAUUUAUAAGAACAGCCAAUACCUAUUUGAAAACAGUUUUGGUGCAAAUUGACAAGACAACUAGGUAGUAAAAGAGUGAAACAGUUUUAUGGGAACAGGUGUGCUAAUUCUAGUUAAAUAACAGUGUGUAACUUUGGUAGGAGUUUUUAAAAGAAUGGAGACACUCUGGCAGAAAGAUCCAGUUUCAGCACUGAAAUUUUGUAAUUUGUUACUUUAUUUAUUGGUGUCCUAGCUUUCCCUUUUCUCUUCCCUCUCCCCUCCCCACAAUCAUUGUAUUUAUCUUGGGCUUAAAUUCCUUUCAAAUAACUAGAUGGCUUAGCCUAUUGUUUGCACAUAAAAUGUCUUUGUAUUUCUCAUCUAAAUAAAAGAUAAUUUGUUCA